AAACUUUUGGCACGAACGGGGGGCGCGGAGUUAAGUGUACCGCCAGCCAAUGGUGAGCGCGUGGUGCCGGUGUGGCUACACGGCGGACAUGCUGGGUGGCGUGAGCGUGCGCACAGAAGAUGGAGAGAAGCAGGCAAAGUCAGGUAACUUCAAGCACUGUUUUUGUGUUUCUGCACUGACUUGUACCGCGUUGAAAAGUCUCACAGCUAACCAGCAGAGAGUCAGGACCUGGAAGACGGUGUUUUUAGCAGCAGAAGCGACUUAGUCCGUCCUGCUUUGUCAUUUGUAUCGCGCUGCACGAACUGUUUUCUAAUACGUGCCUUGGUGGCAACAUUGUUUCUAGAGUCCGUGCAGUAACGUGGACUUUAUUUUUCAAGUAGUUUACAAGCAGGGCAGCGAGGUUAAGAUGUUUUAGUACUUUUUUUAAGUAAUGGUAUUUAUUUAGUAGUCUGUUUUUAUUAUUUGUUUAAGGAGCCAUUCUGUAAGAUUUAUUCUUUCAGGUUCACAGUCUUUUGUAAGUAGCAUGCGGCCUGAUUGUAAGGGCGCCACAUUUGAGGCAGGUGUGUCGAAAUCUUGCCUCAGAGCAGGUGUGCAUGUCCUAAAUUUAAACGCACAACUUAAAAUGCAUUAAAGUAAAACACAGUUAAUUCAGUCUAACAUUUAUGAAGCUGUAGAAAGAGUGAAAUGCUGUAAGAGGAUGUUUAACUCCACUCCAUUUCUACCAAUGUUCUCGUCAGGCUCUACUUUCUUAGCUGAUUCAGUCAACUUUAACACAGCACAGAUAUGCUGGAGAUGGAGGACAUUCAGGAGCCCUAAAAGCGGGUCAGCUUCAGUUUUUUAAAAUGAAUAAGUUGUUCUGAUAAGAAAGAAGUUUUUAAAUAUCAUUUUGCCCUUUAACUCUUUCGUGCAAGAUUAAGAAAACAAAAUAUGUAUUUUUACUUUUAAAAGACUUUCAAAAAGUUAAUUUUAAUUGAGUUUUUAUGCUCAGAGGGAUCAAACUACUACAGACAGACUGACUAAUUGGUUGGGAAAGUGAUGGCAUUUAUUAGACAACAGCAUCAUGUUAUUGUCAGCCCUCACAAGGUAAAUAUCACCACUAUGUUUUUUAAUUCAUUUGAAUUCUGUUUAAAUCAAACUCCUGGCUGAGAGAGCCAUGGAUAAUUGAGUAAGUUGUAAAUGAAAUAAUGAAUUUAUACAUGACUUUUAAUAGUUCAAUUAAACUACUUACUUUGGAUUUUUUUUAAACACUGAUGAUCUUAGAUGGCUCUGGAGACAUCCAAAAUGCCUUUGUGGUAAUAUUUUACUCCACAAAAUAUGUUCCCAUCUGUAGAUUUGAUCAAAUUUUCACUUAAAUUCAGCAACUUAGUUCCUCGUAUGUCAGUAUUAUCAAACAGCUGUAUUUCGUCAAAUGGGGGGAAAAGGAAGAAUGGAAAAGUAAUGAAAAAACAAUUAUGUGAUAUUGGCUGACCUGCUCUCCUAAUAUCUGUAUGGGCUGUAGAAAACUGUAAUCAAUCAACUUCAGUCAAAACUCAAGAAUUUUGGCCAAGCUUUCAGAAUGGCUGAUUUUUCCAUUUGUUUGAUUGUAGGGGAGGGAAAUAUUGCAAGAAUAUAAUAAUAUUUCUUCACCAUUGAAUCAUGAUCAUGGUUGUCUCUUUAAGUCGUAAGGCUACUUUGGAAGUUACUGAUUGUUAGAGCCAAACAAAUGUAAUCUCAAAACAAAAACAAAUAAGGAUACCAGACCACUGAUGCAAAAUAUGUUUUUAAAAAGAUUUGAUUUGUUUGUGCAAUGUGGCCCAUUCAUGCCAAGCAUAUCUGACAUUAAAGAAGUAUGUAUGAAAUUAUAAAUGAGACUGAGGGUGGGUUGAUCUGGUUUCUAAGGUGCUGUCCAAACCCCUCCAGAUGGUGAACCUACAGCGGGUCUUGGAGCUGGAAACAUGGAUAAGAAAGACCAACACGAAGCUGAUUCAGGUCAACGGUCAGAGGAAGUACGGAGGACCACCUGAAGGUGAUAGGCUGCUCAAAUUAAACACAUUACCUUAGGGGUGGGCGAUUUCACUUACAAUGUUAAUCACGGUAAUUGGAUUUGGACAUGAGACCACAGCCUACCUACACACAUCCAAAACCAACUUUUAUUUAUUUAUUUUUUUGACACCAAAUAUAUUGACAUGGGCAAAAUGACAUUGGUUAUUGUCCUUAAUUUUGGUAUCUGUAAAAGCCCAGGCUUCCUCUCCCCAGCCACUUUGUCCAAUUCUUCCCGGGGGACCCCAAGGCGUUCCCAGGCCAUAGGACAUAAUCUCUCCAGCGUGUCCUGGGUCUUCCCCAUGGUCUCCUGCCAGUGGGACAUGCCCUGAACGCCUCACUAACAAGGUGUCAAGGAGGUAUCCUUAUUAGAUGUCCAAGCCACUUCAACUGACUCCUCUCAAUGCAGAGGAGUAGCGGCUCUACUUCGAGCCCUUCCUGAAUGACUGAGCUCCUCACCCUUUCUCUAAGGGAGAGCCCAGCCACCCUGCAUAGGAAACUCAUGAGGACCAAAUUCAUAAAAUGUUUGGACAAAACACACAAUUUGCUUACUGACUUGCUGGCGUCAUUCUCUUAAACAGAAAAAAGCAUACCGCCCUCCACCGAAAGACACCAGGCCACUGCCUGAAGACAGAUUUCAGAGUUGCAGCAGUCGAUGGUUUAAAUAGUAGGGCAGUUUCCUUCAAGUCUUAAAUGCUAACUUGCUCACCCCUUUUGUCAGUGAAGCUAUGGUGGCCUUCAGGGUCAAGAAGCUCCUGUGAUACAAAAGUUCAAAUCUCUGUUUGUAAAGGUUUUUAUUUCAAAAACCGGAACACAUAUUAGCAUGUGUACAACAACUCACUGUCUUAUUACUGUCAUAUACGAACUGGUGCAGCCAUUUAAUUUAAUUUUGCAAAUCCAAGUAUUUUGUCCAUUGAGAGCAUUUGUAGAAACAUAGCAGGAUAAGUUAACGGCCUCUGAAAGGGACCUGUUUCUGUUUAGACCUAAACAACUCAUAAGUUAACCAAAACAAUGUGAUUUUAAUUUCGGUAAUUAUAUGUCUAAUUUAACAUACUUAUUAACAUUUAAAACUCAGUUGUCUUAGUUAUUAAUUGGAUCAUGUGUCACACAUUUAAAGACAGUCUAUGGAAAGUUUACUGUCAGUAUCUGACAAAAACAUAACUGUGAUAACAUCAGUAGUAAAGGCAGGUAUCAUCAGGAUUUAUUGAUACCUAAAUCAAUUUCUAGACUGCACUGAUGUGAUAGCUUUGCAUUAUCGCCCACUCCUGCUGACCAGCAGUUCAGAGACUGAACAAAUGAUUUUAACAAAGAGGCAUCAUGAGAUAACUGUAAGGAAUAACCUUGACCCUCCUUCUCUUUUCUCCUGUCAGUGUGGGACGGCCCCCCACCAGGAGCCCAGUGCGAGGUCUUCAUCAGCAAGAUCCCAAGGGACACCUAUGAGGACCUGUUGAUCCCGCUCUUCAGCUCCAUUGGGCCACUCUGGGAGUUCCGACUCAUGAUGAACUUCAGUGGCCAGAACCGCGGCUUUGCUUAUGCCAAAUAUGGCUCGGCAGCUGUAGCCGCCAAAGCCAUUCACCUGCUGCACGGCUACAUGCUAGAGCCCGGCCACCACCUCAGCGUCCGCCUCAGCAUAGAGAAGAGACAACUCUGCCUUAGAGACCUGCCGGCCACCACCAGACACAAGGAUCUUCUGCAGGUACAAGCAGCUCUGUGGAGAAAGACACUGAUUUUUUUUACAGCUGAAGAAAAAGAGAGGUCCAUCUGUAUGAGAAUGCUGCUGGAUGUCAAGUGUGUUGGAUAAACAUAUUUUCAAGAUUGCAAAUGAACUUGAACUCAGUUUUCAUGUCUGUUCUUCAGGUUUAUGUAUUCCCUUUAUUUGACUCCUUUCAGAUCUGGAUCAAAAAUCAAUUCAAUAACUUUUGUUUUACAUGGUAAUUUGACAUCAAGCUGUUUGUAGUUGACAGCAGUUAUUUCUGUACUCAUAAAUACUAUUUAGAGUCAGUAGAGUUUCCUAAAAUCUGUUUUCUUUCAGGUGCUGCAUGCCCUGGUGGAUGGCGUGGAGAGUGUCUCUCUUCAGUCUUUUAAGUCUGGCCCUGGGAUAGAGAGGACGUUUGCAAUAGUCACCUUUUCGUCACAUCAGACUGCAUCUAUGGCCAAGAAAAUUGUGGUGGAAGGUAGGAGCUCCAGAUGAUGGAAAUGGAUCAAUAAGAUAUAUUUUAAAUGUCCUUUUAUGGUGUUUUGGUAAAGCAAAGUCAUCUUUGGUUGUGUUUAUAAUGCUUCCUUGAACAAUAAGGUGGUUUUGGUAAGGAGUUUUCUGAAAAAAUAUUUAAAUCAUAAUGUUUUUUCAGAAUCACCUUUCAAAGGUAAAACUAGACCCUCUUUGAGUGACACAAGUGCUUUUGAAACAGAGGAGAAAAUGGUUGAAAGAGACGGAGAUAAGAAAAAUGUUCUCCAAACACUCAGGACCCAAUCUACCAAAGGUCUGUGUUUAAAAACUUGCAUUAACUUCAGAGCACCUGCAAACAAAAAUGUAAGCUGAUCUACUUACAUUGUGCAGCGACAAUUAAGCCUCACAAAUGUAAAAGAUAACACAUGUUGUGCAUUUGCCUAAAUUAAAACCACAAAACCUCAGUUUAUGACCAGUAUUCAUUCUGGGGCCAGGAUCCUUUAAUAACUGAGAUAGAGAGCUUGAGGAGUGAAGAAAGGCAGCAUUUAAUAAAUGAUCAGGAUGGAUUCAUGUUUCUGAUAUGGAAUAUAGAAAUAUAGGAAACAACACACUGGUGAGUUCACAAUGAUUGCCCACAACCAUCCAUACAUCCUGUACCAUAAGGCUUUAACCACAUCAGACCAUAGUGAAAACAUCUUAGGUCAUCUCUGUGCAUUUUUUUUUUUUUUUUUUUUCAUGUUGUGUCUGAGUUUACCGCUUUCAGCAAUUCUGCGUCCAAUCAAAGCUGCUCCUUGAGAGCACAUCCCAACCGCGAAAAAAUCAUUCCAUUUGUUCUCUAAUAAAGGUUCAGUGGGAUGAUGCGUACUAAUAUUGAACAGUUGGUUAAAGUGUGCCUUUUAUGGUUUGUGGCAUUGUAUAAUGAAUCAUGUCUUUUUGGCUGGAGUUAAAGGAUAAGAACCUGACUUUGGGUAAAAUAUGAAGUUAUUAUAUUCAGAGACUGAAACGCUGAUAUCCUAUUCCAUUAAUGCGGUGGCCAAUAAUACACUUCAUCUAGGUAUUUUCUAUGUGUGGGGAAUGCUGCAACUGCAAAGUUCAGUUUGGUUUCAGACAUUACUGACCUAAAUGGUUGUAGUAAAAGGCUUAAAAGGGAUAUUUCGGCAAACACACCAUAACACUGAGUUAGACACCCCCUCAAGAGAUGAAUGUUGCUGAUCGCUUGCUUCUCUAGUUAUACCAACUUUGGAAAGACCACAUGAUAGCAAUACACAGUAGUCUGAGGGACCCAGCCAUAGUACUAGCCACCAAACAUCUUUUUAGCUCUGCCUGAUUUCUUUAGCAUAGAGACUAAACACAACUCACCUACUCUCUUCCAGCAGCCACUUAAUUGUAGGGAGACCUCGGGCCAGUCCAUACGCAGACUACAGCAGAGUUUCGCAGCUCAAGGAAGAACAUAUAAUUUCUUCAUGGAAAUGCAAUCAGACCGAGACGCUCAGGCAGAUGAACUACUGUGUCUGCAGUGCAAAAUGAUUAAUAUGGUUAUUAUUACUCCAAGGAAAUGAUGUAUCGAUCAUAAAUGUUCUUCCUUGAGCUGUGUCCCCCCGCCUCAGUCGACGAUGGACUGGUCGAGGUCUCACUACAAAUAAGUGGCUGCUAGAAGAGAGUAGGUGAGUUGUGUUUAGUCUCUUUGCUAAAGAAAUCAGGCAAAGCUAAAAAGAUGUUUGGUGGCUAGUACUAUGGCUGGGACCCUAUAUGUACUGUUGAUGAAGUUAGGUGCUGUUCUGAGCAUUAGUGCCUAUAAAUUGGUGUUGCGGUUGAGGUUUGUUUAUGGCUCCUCAGACCGCUGAGGAGCCAUAAACCAUCAUGCAGUCAUUACUAAAGUUGGUAUAACUAGAGAGGCAGUCGGCAACAUUCAUCUCUCAAGGGGGUAUCAAACUCGGUGUUACGGUGUGUUUAACUCUAAAUUAAUUUUACGCCGAAAUAUUCCUUGAAGCAUGGUUGAGGCCAUUAUAAAUUUGUGUGGAAAAUCAAACAGGAACUUUUAUUCUCAUUUGCACACUGCACAAUGUUUCCCAAAACAAUAAUUAUUAAAAAAGUAGCUUUAAAAAUAGAUAAGAUGAGUGAGAAAAGAAUUAUUCAUCACAUUCUUGCAUGCAUUCAUCUGCACACAUAAUUUCACCUCCAGAUUAGUACAAGACAAGGUAGAUUUGGAGAAAAAAAGUUGGAGUGGGAGAGAUGCUUACAGUGCAAUUGGACCUUGUGCACUUUACUGGGAUAUUUUUGUACAUUGAAGUUAUAGCAUCAGCGUAGUUGCACAUGAUUAUUGUACCUGAAGUAGUGUGAAUGCACCAAAGUUGGUAUUACUGGCGUGUGAACACAUUAAGAAUCCAAGCAGGUAAUUAAAGAUGAAAUAUUACUGCAUAAAUAAAAGUAAAUGCUUCAUGAAGAGUGCCUGUGAUUGUACUGUUUUUCAUUGCUAUACCUGUGUGUGUUUAGCAUUCAAGAGGCAGUUCUCUCUGUCCAUCUCAAUCACAUGGCAAUCAGCAGUGAAGCUGAGCAUGGACAAGCCUCCCCCUCCACCGAAACCUUCAAAGAGUGUCCUGCUGACCCCCCCGAAGCCCCCACGCCUCAAACCUAACUCUGCCCAGCACCCUGUCCUGCCUCCUACCUGGGCACGACCGCCAAGUAUCCCCCCGGGUUUCCACAGGGCUGUGGGAGGUCCCAGUAACCUGAGGCACCCACUGCUGCCUGGCUUUUCCCCCGCCCAGAGGAAGGAGUCAGAAACCUCCAGCAGUGUAGCUGGGGGCUGCAUUUGCACUUCCUGUGGAUAUCCUUAUGAUGUUUUGUAAAACACACAAAAGUUUCAUCUUAAAUGUGGUUGGUUGUUCAGCAUGGUUUUAUGGUUGUAAAGUAGACGUCCAUGUAGUUUGAGCUUUUGUGGUUUGUUUGCAUGCUUUUUAUUGUGUGUUACCUUUUGUAUUUGUUCCUCAUUUUAAUUAAAUGAGAUUUGAUACUGCAAUGAAAA